GCUAAACUACACUGAGUUGACUAGCUCCAACAUCUUGCACCUGGAACUCGCUGAAAGAGCAACGUUGCUGACCGUUGUGAUGGGGGAUCUAGCUGCCCAGACCACCAGUGGCCUGAAGCCGUUUCCCAGGGUGACGGUGGAGGUGCUGGGAGAGGAUGAGAUCAUCCUGGACUCUGUGCUACGUGGGAAGUUCACUGUUGGUCGCAGUGGGCUGGCCUGGCUGGCCUGUGGCCCCCACCUGGAGGUGGUCCAUGCCGUAACGGGGGAGCGGCGGUCAGCUUACUGCUUCAGCGGGGGGGGGGAGCACCCCCCCACAGUGCUGGCUGCCAGGGACUUCAGCUGGCUGAAGAGGUCGGGUCUCCUGGUGGGGCUGGCGGCCACUGAGGGAAGCCUGCUGUGCCUCUACGACCUGGGCAUUGCACGCGUGGUGAAGGCUGUGGUUGUACCAGGCAGGAUCACAGCCAUCGAGCCCCUGGUGAGCUACGGGGGCGCGGGCGCAGGCACGCAGCACCUGCACCAGAGCCUGCGCUGGUUCUUUGGCGUGGCUGCCGUGGUUACAGACCUGGGCCACAUCCUAUUGGUUGACCUGUGUCUGGACGACCUGUCCUGUAGUCAGAGUGAGCUAGAGGCUUCAGACCUGGAGGUGGUGACCCUGUCCCCCUCUGAGGUCCCCCGGCUGAGGGAGAUGGAGGCCAGGCAGGGGAGGCACCUGUGUGUGCAGCUCAGCUCAUCAGGGCCCGGGGUGUCGGCUCUGCAGUACCUCCCCCGCACCAACCAGCUGGCUGUGGGCUCCACUGACGGAACCCUGCAGCUCUGGAACAUGAAGACCCUCAAGAGGGAGUACCACUCCCAGCUGGAAGGGGGCAGGGUGCCUGUUCAUGCCUUCACCUUCCAGGAGCCUGAAAACGAUCCCAGGAACUGCUGCUACCUGUGGGCUGUCCAGUCAUCCCAGGAGGAUGAGGGAGAUGUGUUGAGCCUCCACCUGCUCCAGCUGGCCUUCAGUGACAGGAAGUGUCUGUCAUCCGGCAGGAUACUAUAUGAGGGUUUGGAGUACUGUGAAGAGCGCUACAGCCAGGCCCUAGCAGAGGCGGCCUGGCCCGGGAGGGGCAGCAGCUAUCGCCUGCUCAGCUGCCAGACCAUCGAGAAGAUCCGCCACUCCAACCCAGACAGGGACGACAGCGUCAACGAAGUAGCGUCUCCAGACACCAGCGUGUCUGUAUUCAGCUGGCAGGUGAAGCCCUUUGGACAGGGAAACCCUUCCACCUACAUCUGUGUGUUCGACAUCAACCGCUGGUACCACGCCCAGAUGCCUGACUCCCUCAGAGCGGGGGAGUCCUUGCGGAGCUGUGCGUACCAGGCGGUGUGGUGUGUGGAGGGUGUGGGGGAGGCCUGGUGGUCCUGCCCCCUGCUGGACGUGCAGGUGCAUGAGCGCUCCCUCAGCAGAGGCCUGCCCCCCUCCUGCCCCGCCCCUGACGCCCUCUUCUGCCCCACCGCAUACAACUUCGAGGCCAGCUGUCUGCUGAGCGUAGGCCUGGUCCACCUCAGCUGCUCAGGGUACCAAAAGGAGACCCUGAGCUUCCUGAAGAAGGUGUCUCUGGUGUCCAGUGAGGUGAUAUCUUCCUGCUACUCUCGCUGCCUCUUGUCUGGUCUGGUGUCCUCACGCCUAGCACACCUCCAGCCCUCCAGCCUGUCUCAGGAGGAGCAGUUAGACGCGGUGCUGAGCACAGCGGUGGAGACCAGCUCUCUGAGCCUCAUCACAGGCUGCAUCAGGCAGUGGACCACCGAAGAUGCUCCAGGCUGUGUUGUUUCUCUACGCUACAUCCUGGAGUGGACCUGGAACAAGGUGGUCCACACCAAGAUGGACCUGGACACCUCCUGUGCUCCUCUGUUCGACAGCUCCUCCAACUUCACAGAUCCCCAGAUCCUGCAGCAUCUCCAGCACAGCCAGAGGUUGCUGGGCAACCUCAGCAUCAUCCUCCGCUGCCUGCUGAAGGAGGCCCAGACGCUCACUCAAACAGGGCAGCAGGGCCUGCUGAAUAAGAGCAUGGUGUCUGCUCUCCUCUCCCAGUACGCCAAGGUGCUGCUCUGGUUCUGCAGGACGGGACUCCUGCCCGAGGGCUCCGACGAGGACUCGGUUCCAAUCUCCAGGCCCCUCUACAGGUACUCGGCCAUCAGGGGCUACUACACCCUCCGCAGGGAGGAGCUCCAGAGCCUCCACAGGGGGAAAGGCUCUGACGGCCUGAUGAUUGACGGGCUGGUGGGCCAGUGUGGCGAGCGCGUGGCCGACCUGUGGAGGCGGGACAAGGGCGGGACUGGACUGUACCCGCCCCCCACCCUGCAUGCACUGCUGGACGUGUACCUGCUGGAGGAUGUGGAGGAGACAGCUAAACAUGCCCUUGUCAUCUACCUGCUGCUGGAUGUCAUGUACACGUUCCCCAGUAAGAGUGCAGCGUGUGUGGAGUCCUUCCCCACCGCCUUCUCCCUCCCUGUCAGACUGGUCAAACUGGUGCAGGGACUCUGGCUGCUGGACCACCACGACUACCAGAACUCCCUGGAGCUGCUCCUGCACCCGUCCUCCCUGCCGGCCCCCUGGGCCUGGCACCACAGCUGGGUGCUGCAGGCCCUGCUCAGCCAGGGCCAGGCGCUGCUGGCUCUGCGCUACCUGCAAGCCACACGCCCCCUGCUGGCCGCACCACAGCACGCCCCGCUCUGCAUCGCCGUGCUGCUGCACAACAGGUGUGUGGUGGAGGCGCUGGGCCUGGUGAGGCAGCAGGGUGAGAGGGUGGAGGAGCUGCUGGCUGCUGUGUUUCUGGGCUGUCAGGACCUGGGUCUAAUGACCCUGCUACUACGCCUGCCGCUACACCUCCGGGAGCAGGAGUGUCUAGAGAGCUUCCUGCAGAGUGGGGGGGGUCUCCAGAACAGAGAGCUUCUCCUGGUUCACUACCUCCAGCAGUCCAACUACACUGCUGCUCUACAGCUCAACCACAGCCUCAGGACCAACAUGGUGAGCGAGAGGGAUUCCAGGGUGAAGGAGCGCUCCAGCACCAGGAAUUCCAUCCUGGAUAUGUACGGCAAGGUCCUGCCCCGGACCCAGCGCAGACUGGCCCUGGAGAGAAGCAGGCCCUACCAGCACCCCUCCACACUCCUCACACAUGUCUCUCGUCCACAGCCUCUCUCCAGUGUCCCCAGGCGCUUGGCCAGUGAAAAGGUUUUGACGAGGGCGGGCUUCAUCAGUGACGUGCUGACCAAGAUCGGAGAGGUGUGGGUGGGCAAGGAGCCCCUCCCCCCCAGCUCCCCCCUCAGAAGCCCCACCACAACCGGGCUCAAGUCUCCCUCCCCCCUGCUGCCCCCUGACCGCCCAGACCCCUUCCUGGGCACCCCCAUCACCAUGGCAGCAAGGAGGAAGUCCAGGCUCCUGGAUGUGGUGGUGCCCCCCUUCUCCCCGGCCCCCCUGCUCACCCCCCCCAGGAGGACCUGGGGCCCUCCUAGAAGUGCCACCAAGGCCCCCGAACUGUCCCUGCUGCAGACCCCACAGGUGGUCAAGCGAGCGAGGGCGCUGGCUGCGUCGGGUCCUGUGUUUUCUUCCUUCACCCCCCAGUCCAUCCUCCGCUCCAGCCUGCGCCCCACCCCCGUGGGCUCCCCCUCCGCCUCCCCCGCCCGCUCCCUCACGCCCCCGCCACGCCCCAAGGAGAGCCGCAUCACUUUCAUUGAGGAGGCACAGCUCUCCCACCCAGAGAAGGGCGACGCCUUCUGGAGAAACGGGAUGGCAACAGAGAGGGAGUUGGAGCGCCUUGAGUCAGAGAGCGGAUCCUCAAUCCAGGAGGUUGCCGUGGAGAUGGCGUUGUCGGGGCUCUUGCGAACACCGUUGCCGGGGAGACUCAGCCUGGGCCUAGACAUGAGCCUGGCGUCCGUCCAAUCAGCCGACUUGGAGUUCCACGACGCCCUCCCUCCCGAGGACCUGGAGGGGGAGGGACCUCUACAGGACGACAUACAGGAAGUGAUUCAAGGUUCCCAGAGGGACACGGAGGCACAGGAAGUGCUGUCCCUCCAGGAAAAAGGGCCCGCAGCAGCCAAACAGCAAAGUGCUCUCCCAUCUUUGGAACAGGAGCAGGCUGAUGGACAGGAAGUUGAGUCGGAGGAACAGGAAGUGACAGCAGAGCGGCUUCCUGAAGAAGUGAAGAUGGCAGUUCGCGGAGAACAGGAAGACCAAGUGGUAGAAAAGGAGGAGGAGCCCAUUGCCCAACAGGAAGUAGAACACCCUCCUGACCUGGAAGUGGUCGAGGGACCUAAAGGUCACCAAGAAGUGUGUGAGGUGGUCAGCGGUGAGGAACCAGGUGAGGAGACCACAGAGCAGGAGGAGGAGAAUAUAGAGGAGGAGGAGGACCAGAAGGAGGAGGUUGUGGUGUUGGAGGAGAAGGUGGUGGUGGAGGACCAGAAGGAAGAGAAGGUGGAAGAGGAGGAGGAAGAGGACAUGCAGAAGGAG